GCCUUGGACCGCCGCUGGCUGUGGUUGCCAAGCGGCUGGCUCAAACAGCCGUUACGCGGCGCGUGGGUUUCGUAGGCGCCGAGAGCCAAUCGGAGAGCGGACGGGUUAACGUGGGCGGGUUCCGCCACGGCCCACCAAUGGGCACCAGGCGUGGCGUGUUUUAAACGUCCGGGGUGGCGAAAAGCGGCGUGUUGCGGGUGUUUGGAGGAGAGUCGGGCGCAGGAUGCCGAGCCGCCCCGAGGACUACGAGGUGCUCCUCACUAUCGGUGCUGGUUCUUACGGCCGGUGCCAGAAAGUGCGGAGGAAGGCGGACGGCAUGCCCCUUCAGGUCACUGAUGGUCCUUCUGCUGGCAUUGAGGUUUUGGUCUGGAAGGAGCUAGACUAUGGAUCUAUGACAGAAUCUGAGAAACAGAUGCUUUGUUCAGAAGUGAACCUGCUUCGUGAGCUGAAACAUCCUAAUAUUGUCCGUUAUUAUGAUCGUAUAAUUGACAGGACAAAUACAACGCUUUAUAUUGUGAUGGAAUAUUGUGAAGGUGGAGACUUGGCUACUAUAAUUGCAAAAUGUACAAAAGAAAGGCAUUAUCUGGAUGAGAGCUUUGUGCUUAGAGUCCUUACUCAGUUGAGCUUGGCUUUGAAGGAGUGUCACAGACGGAGUGAUGGAGGUCAUACAGUGCUUCAUCGAGACCUGAAGCCAGCAAAUAUCUUCCUUGAUGGCAAGAAGAAUGUGAAGCUUGGUGACUUUGGCUUGGCAAGAAUUCUUCACCAUGACACCAGUUUUGCAAAAACAUUUGUUGGUACACCAUAUUACAUGUCUCCAGAGCAAAUAAAUCGUAUGUCCUACAAUGAAAAAUCUGACAUCUGGUCUCUAGGAUGUCUGCUAUAUGAGUUGUGUGCAUUGUCGCCUCCAUUUACAGCCUUUAACCAAAAAGAGUUAGCAGAAAAGAUAAGGGAAGGAAAGUUCAGACGAAUUCCAUAUCGUUAUUCAGACCAGCUGAAUGAACUUAUCACAAAGAUGCUAAAUAGAAAGGAUUAUUGUCGGCCUUCAGUUGAAGAAAUUCUACAGAAUCCUUUGGUAGUUGACUUGGUGUCUAAAGAGCAAGGGAGAAUCCUGGAGAUGAAAGGGCGACGAUCAGGAGAGCAAGAGAAAGUAGGAACUCCAUUGAAUGAGCUGAAACUGAAAGAGCAACAGCUACAAGAGAGAGAAAAAGCCAUAAAAGACAGAGAACACAGACUAGAGCAGAGAGAGCGUGAGCUUUGUGUUCGAGAGCGACUGGCAGAAGACAAACUUGCUAGGGCUGAGAACUUGAUGAAGAAUUACAACUUAUUCAAGGACAAGAGACUAUUGAUGCCAGCCAGUAGCCCAGAUGAUAUGCUGCCAGCCUUUCCAACAAGAAAAAAGAAGGUCCAGUUUGGUGAUGAAAGUAAAGAAAAUGCUCAUUCUGUAGACAGCCUGGAGGAUUUUCCCCUUAUGAAAGAAAAAGACUGUAACCUGAAGAAGCGCCUCUAUGCUGCUAACCUGCGUGCUCAAGCCCUGUCUGAACUAGAAAAGCAUUAUCAACUUAAAAGCCGGCAGCUCCUUGGCAUGCGUUGAAAGCAUGCACAUUCUGUAUAUAGAUGUUUUUAUACUGUCAGUUUAGGUUGUUUCUUCUAAUGUUUAUAGAGAAAGGCUGUGUGGGGCAUUUUUAAGAAAUGUACUAAAAUAUUUUAAACUUUGUGUGAAAAAAAUAGUUUGAUAGUAGAUAUUUGGCUGUCUUCUCGAGAAGUUUGUAUUCUUUCCUGCUUGGCUUGCUAGUGCUGUACAGACAAACUAAAGUUGUUGAAAUACUCAACAUUCAUGAAGAAAGUGGAUGGAUGUAUACAUUUUUAUGAUGAUGAUGAUGUUUUAACAGAGAAAAUAGUAAGACACAUAAUGUUUAUAAAAUAACUAUACAAAAAAGUCUUUAAAUAUUUGGAAAACAACAACACCCAUCAUCCCUGACAGUGGGCCAUGCUCAUUGAGCUGACUUUAGGGUAUACAGGUUUUCCAUCCCAGCUCUAUGUGCAUAUUAUUGGACCUAGUACUAUAUUUAUCCCUUCCCUAUGAAUCAUUACAGAAUGUGGAUUGUGCCCAUUAGCAGUUCACUGAAAAAUUUAUGCAUUGAUUAAUAGAAAAAAAUGAACAUGUAGAAUAGGAUUUGAAUUGAAAUUAUCUUUAAUGUGUUCUUAGACAAUGUCCUCUGCCCCAGUUUAAUUUGAUUGUGUUUUAUCAAAAAUUAAAAACUGGUUGAAAAAAGAUGCGGGAAAUUAUUUUCAGGCAGUUUGUAUUUAAGGGUGAUUUCUCAUCAGAAACUGUGUACAUUAUGUAAAAACUGAAGUCACCGUUCAAAGGUGACUGUGUGAAUGUUUAUGUGUAUGUAAAUUCUCAUAUCUGAAAGAAGCCCAUAAAUGUUCCCUUCAUGGAGAUAAAUUAACUUCAGGGAGUAUAUAUUUGCACUGUUUACAUGGAGCACUGUUUCACAGUAUAUGGUAAAUUUAUGAAGCCGUUCUUAUACUGAAUGAGUUUUUGUCUUUCAAAUCCAGAGCUUUGGUUAGAGGUUACACAGCUAUGAUGUCUAUUCUUGUUCUUUGCAUCUCCUAAUUCUCCAGUGGCCUGAAGAUGGUGCACCUGUUCUGUCAGUCUGAUGAAACAGCUACUACAGACAGGCAAUAUUCAGGAAUUUGGAGCUGACUUCUCAGUACCAAACACAUUUACUGUACUUCUAUCAAGUCUGCUGUUACAUGAUUUGGUACAGUCGUUCUUUAAACUAUAGACUUCUCUUACAUUUUUAUGGAAUCAUGGCUUUGUUACAAAUGCUACUUAACUACCUGACUUGUACCAUUCUGACUU